AGGUCACUUUAAGAAAAGAGCAGCUGUAAUCUGAAGCCUGUUGGACGCUGGAUUAGGAGGCAGCAAAAAAAAAAAUCUCUUGUGCUUACUGGAGCCCCCUCAGUGUGCAGGCUUAGAGGGACCCAGGCUGGGAGUGGAGCUGCAGCGGACCCACAGGACCCAGGAUGCAGGCCCUGGUGCUACUCCUCUGGGCUGGAGCCCUCCUCGGGCACAGCAGCUGCCAGAACACUGCCGGUAGCCUGGAGGAGGACUCCCUGGACCCCCAUGGCACAGGGGUACCAGUGGAGGAGGAGGACCCCUUCUUCAAGGUCCCUGUGAACAAGCUGGCAGCAGCUGUCUCCAACUUUGGCUAUGACCUGUACCGUGUACGAUCCAGCAUGAGCCCCACAACCAACGUGCUUCUGUCUCCACUCAGUGUGGCCACAGCUCUCUCUGCCCUCUCGCUGGGAGCUGAGCAGCAAACAGAAUCUGUUAUUCACCGGGCUCUCUACUAUGACUUGAUCAACAACCCAGACAUCCAUGGCACCUAUAAGGAACUCCUUGCAACUGUCACUGAUGCCCAGAAGAACUUUAAGAGUGCUUCCCGGAUCAUCCUUGAGAAGAAGCUGCGGAUAAAAUCCAGCUUUGUUGCUCCACUGGAAAAGUCAUAUGGGACCAGGCCGAGAAUCCUGACUGGCAACCCUCGUGUGGAUCUUCAGGAGAUUAACGGCUGGGUGCAGGCCCAGAUGAAAGGGAAAAUCGCUAGGUCCACAAAAGAAGUGCCCAGUGAAAUCAGCAUUCUCCUUCUUGGCGUGGCUUACUUUAAGGGGCAGUGGCUAACAAAAUUUGAUUCCAGAAAGACUUCCCUCAAGGAUUUCUACUUGGAUGAAGAGAGGACUGUGAGAGUCCCCAUGAUGUCGGACCCUCAAGCUAUUUUGCGCUUUGGCUUUGAUUCUGAUCUCAACUGCAAGAUUGCCCAGCUGCCCUUGACUGGAAGCAUGAGUAUCAUCUUCUUCCUGCCUGGGAAAGUGACCCAGAACAUGACCAUGAUAGAAGAGAGCCUCACCUCUGAGUUCAUUCAGGACAUAGAUCGAGAACUGAAGACUGUCCAAGCAGUUCUGACCAUUCCCAAGCUGAAGCUGAGUUAUGAAGGCGAAGUUACCAAGUCUUUGCAGGACAUGAAGCUGCAAUCCUUGUUUAAUUCACCAGACUUUAGCAAGAUCACAGGCAAACCUAUCAAGCUUACUCAGGUGGAACACCGGUCUGGCUUUGAGUGGAAUGAGGAUGGAGCAGAAACCACCCCUAGCCCAGGGCUCCAGCCUUCCCACCUCACCUUCCCCCUGGACUAUCACCUUAACCAACCCUUCAUCUUUGUACUGAGGGACACGGACACAGGAGCCCUUCUCUUCAUAGGCAAAAUUCUGGAUCCCAGGGGCACUUAAUCCUCCAAUUUAAUGUUCCAAUACUCUAGAAGAAGAACACUCCAGAAGGAUGGCAGAUUAUACAUUACAUGGAGGCUGCCCCUAUGUUUCAAUGUAUACAAUAAAAGAGCUUUAUCC